AUGCGCAGGAACGCAGCUCUGACUCUGGAGAACCCCGAAAGGAACGCAGCUCUGACUCUGGAGAACCCUCAAAGGAACGCAGCUCUGACUCUGGAGAACCCUCAAAGGAACGCAGCUCUGACUCUGGAGAACCUCUCAAAGGAACGCAGCUCUGACUCUGGAGAACCCCCAAAGGAACGCAGCUCUGACUCUGGAGAACCUCUCAAAGGAACGCAGCUCUGA